CUGUGAAGACAUCCUCGCCUUUGAGUGCUUGAUGGGUAUCUUGAACACCAUCAUACCCAUCAAGUAUGUCUUCGCUGAAAACAGUACCCCGUCGGCGACAACGGUCCGAAGAAGAGGAGGAGUCUGAUGAAGCCGCAUCCUCAUCUUCCCCGGAGCCCACCCCAGCAAGCAGCAGCAAGCGUCCUAGGCUAUCAGUACCGGAGGAGGAGGAUUCUGAACCCAGCGAUGAUGGUAGCCUCGACACAGAGGGAGGCGAGGACAGUGAGGAGGGCGGCAGUGCAUCUGGACCUACUAAGAUUGCCAAUCAUGGCCCAGCAAAGAAUCUACCAAUUAUCCAAAAUAGUGCAAAUGCAGUCGGGCCAGAGGGAUUCAAACCCGGGGCUAUUGUUCGCAUAAAGGUGACUGAUUUCGUGACAUAUACAUCUGCAGAGUUUUUCCCUGGGCCGAAAUUGAACAUGGUGAUUGGGCCGAACGGGACAGGUAAGAGUACACUUGUGUGUGCAAUUUGCCUAGGUCUGGGAUGGGGUCCUCAGCAUCUCGGACGUGCGAAAGACCUCGGAGAGUUCGUCAAGCAUGGCUGCAGAGAGGCAGAGAUCGAGAUUGAGCUUGCAAAGGGCCCGAAGCAUUCUCGAAACCCUGUCAUAUGUCGAACGAUCAAACGAGAUGGCAACAAAAGCUCAUUCACGAUUAACGGUAAACAGGCCUCUCGUGCAGACGUUCUAAAUCUUGCACGGUCAUUCUCAAUUCAAGUCGACAAUCUAUGCCAGUUUCUCCCACAAGACAAAGUUAGCGAGUUUGCUGCCCUUACACCAGUUGAGCUGCUCAGCUCCACACAAAGGGCGGCGUCUGGACCGGAGAUGGUUGAAUGGCAUGAGAAUCUCAAGAGCCUAAGGGCUGCGCAAAAGAAGCUUCAACUGAGCCACGAGGGCGACAGGGAUCUUCUGUCAAACCUUGAGAAUCGACAAGAGAUGCAAAGAGCCGAUGUCGAGAGAAUGCGCCAAAGAGUCCAGAUCAAAAGGAAAAUCGAAAUGCUGGAAAUGUGUCGUCCUUUAGUGACAUACAAAGAAAUGCACGAUCGCUUUAAGGAAUUAAAAACAGAGAAAGACAAUUGCCAACGCGAGCUGCAAAUCCUCGAAGCAGAAUUAGAACCUGCUCUGAGAUCCAUGAAGAAGAAGCAAGACUAUGUUCUUCAGUUAGAUGAAGUGACCAAGCAUAAACAGCGAGGGAUCGAACAUGCAAAUCAAACUGCAUCAAGAUUCGGCAAGAAGAUUGAGGAGUUUGAAGACUCUACAAAAUCUUUAGAGUCGCAAAUUGAAGACGAAAAGAAGCGCGCUUUAGGUUAUCGACAAGAGGGCAGUAAGAUCCAGCAAGCAAUCAAUAAACUUAAGCGCCAAUUAAACGAAGAGCCUGUCGAGUUCGAUGCUGAUUGGUAUAACGAACAAAUUAGGGAGAAAAGGAAAAUGAUAAGAGAGUAUGAAGAAAAGGCGAACGAAAUCAAAGCCAACCGGCAGUCGCUACUGGAAGAGCUCAACGAGAAAAACGAUCGUUUAAAGCAGGCAGAGCAACAACUGAAGGGACUUGAUUCACAAGCCGGACAACAAGAGAAAAAACUCCAGAGCGCUUCUUCCGACUCCUAUAGAGCCUACAAAUGGCUUCUACAAAAUCAGCACAGGUUUGAAAAAGAAGUUUUUGGUCCUCCGAUCGUCACCUGCUCAAUUAAAGACCCCAAAUACGCCGAUCCAGUCGAGUCGCUUCUGCAGCGAACGGAUUUCAUGGCGUUCACAACACAGACUCGCAACGACUUCCGAACUUUACAGCGAGCUCUCAACGGAGAGCUGAAACUUCAUGAUAUCAGUAUUAGAACAUCAUCUAUUCCUUUAGUGAAUUUCAACCCGCCCGUGUCUGAUGAUGAACUUAAGCGUCUGGGCUUCGAAGGAUGGGCCAAGGACUUCCUCCAGGGCCCAGAACCUGUUAUUGCAUCCUUGUGCAGUGAGAACAGAAUGCACCAGACCCCCAUCCGUCUUCAAGACAUCUCUGACGAAGUAUACGCCACAAUGGAAAGCGGCCCGAUUAGCUCGUGGGUUGCAGGGAAGCAGGCAUACCAAGUUAUCCGACGGCGAGAAUACGGCCCUGGAGCUACAUCUACUCGCGUGCGGCAGGUGAGGCCAGCCAAGGUGUGGACCUCCCAGCCCGUAGAUGCAUCUGCAAAGGGAGAAUUGGAGCACAUGGUCCAAACACUCAGAGAUGCAAAAGCGGCCGUUGAAGAAAAAAUUGAAUCUGAAAGGAGCAGACUUCAUCAGAUGGGUGAAGAGUAUAAAGGUUGCGAACAAGAAAGGAGGGAGCUUGAGCAACAAAAAGCCGAUAAACAGACUGCCUUCACUCGCUUUAGGGCAAUUCCAGAACUACUCCACCAGCAAGAAGCCAAGAAAAAGAGCAACCAAAGCUUCUUUGAUGCGGUCAAAACUAGAGUGAUAGAAAUUCGCAGCCAACAGGAUCAGUUGUCUAUCAAAAAGGCAGAGGCAACUCUUGAAUAUGCUGAUGCCGUUGAAACGCUUCGCGUCCUUCAAGAAGAACUGAUCAAAUUGAGUCUUCAGAAGAUCGAAGGACUGUCGGACUAUGAAACCCUAAGGACUCGCAGCACUGAGCAUCGUAACAAGCUUAGUGCCAAGGAAGACGAAGUGAAGCAGAAGAACCAAGAUGUCAAAAAAAUGACAGAAACAAUCAAGGAAGUUCGCAAAGAUACGCAAAAGGUUCUGCGAAUUGCAACACAACAAGAGGACCUGAAAGAGUUGAUGCAGUCCGUGGGUUCACACUCUAUGGAGCAGCUCGAAGUGGAUAUCGAGUCGGAAAAGGCACGACUCGAGCUCACCCACGGGGGCGGCAGCCACCUAAUUCAGGAGUUCGAAGAGCGAGAGCGCCAGAUUGAAAAGAUACGCGCAAAGCUCGCCGAGUUUGAAACACAACUAGAAGACUACUCGCACGCCAUCAACGAAAUCCGAGGCAAAUGGGAACCAGAACUCGACGCCAUUGUCCAGAGUCUCAGCGACGCAUUCUCUGACUCCUUCGCGCGCAUCGGCUGCGCCGGCCAAGUCAGCCUCGAUAAACCAGGAGACGAAUCCGGUGCCGAUGGCGAGUGCGCCGGAAAUGACUUCGACCAAUGGUCUAUCCAGAUCCACGUGAAAUUCAGGGAACACGAGAAUCUCUCUCUUCUUGACUCGCACCGCCAGUCCGGCGGCGAACGAGCCGUCAGCACGAUCUUCUACCUCAUGGCUCUCCAGUCCCUCUCGGCGUCGCCCUUCCGCGUCGUCGACGAAAUCAAUCAGGGAAUGGACCCAAGGAACGAGCGAAUGGUCCACGGACGCCUGGUUGAUAUCGCUUGCGCGCCGGGCCGCGACGGAAGCAACGGCGGUGGCCAAUACUUCCUUAUCACGCCUAAGCUGCUCAACGGACUAGUAUAUAAACCAGGCAUGCGGGUUCUCUGCAUCGUCAGCGGCGAGCAUAUGCCCGACGACUACAAUUCCAUUAAUUUCGGCGGCGCCUUGAGCAAAAUGCGCGCGCUACGGGGCCAAGGAAAGGGCAAGGGGCGGUCUAUCGGGGGUGGGACAGCACAGGCUCCGAGCGUUUAUGCUUGAUUUCAUGAAUCCCAUGAAUUCAAGUGUUUAAUAGCCGGGGUAUUUUGCAAUUCGUUUCUUUGAGCGGCCUAGGUGUUUCUUUUUUUUUUUUGAGCUAUACUGUUUGGUUUGGGUUUUGUGUAGAAGAAGAGACGGAUCGGCAGGUGGUUUGGUG